AUAAUAUCUGUGUAACACUUUUUUAAGUAAUUUAAGAAAACGAUAGAUUAUUAGAGAUGAUCGAAUCAUGUUCUAAACAACGCAUGCUUUUAGGAAUUAUUUUCCUUGGUGGAUUGACACUGUUUGUCCUGGUUAUAGAGAGCAACUGGACAACAGGAAAUGGACGAUCUCUGCGAGUAACUGAAAAGAAUGCUUCAGGUGCUGAUUUGUGUUGGUUGACAGAGGAUUUUGAGAUUGUUGAAGAAUGUCAUCCCUGUUCAGAUUUUGAAAUUGCAAGCAAGAGCAACAAAAUCUGCAGUGGAACUCAUUUCAAGGAGGCAUUAAAUUGUGAAAAAAUCAGGAAAGGUUUUUAGAAGUUGUGAGCGAGUCACUUGGCUGGAGGAAAAGAAGUUUUGGCAAUUUGAAGGAUUUAUGUUCAUGAUUGGCUGUUUCUCGACCGCUACUGUUUACAUGCGACAAAGAGUUCUAGAUCUCAGGACAUUGAGACGGAUUC